AUGCUCAUCUACAUCUUCCUGAUCGAGAAGGUCAAUGUCGUUUGGAAUGGACUCCGAGGUUGCCCCCAGAAACGUCUACACUCCAAGGUCUACCUGUGCUGCAUCGCGCUCUUCGCUGUCUACGUCGGCGUCGCAGCAGUGGUGAUUGUCGGGCGAAUCGCCUAUUUCCAGAAAGACGGCACAUGCGUGAUCGGGCUCAAAGCCCGCCUCGCUCUCGUUGCUCAUAUACGACCUUCUGCUGUCCGCACCACCGCGGUACGCUCCGUCCGAACCGCCGCGAUAGCGCUGACGACCUCGUGCAUCAACAUCCUCGUCCUCACCCUCGAGCACGGCCAGCAGCUCGGCUGGGUCUGCCUCGCCAGCUGCGGCACCGACGUCGUCAUCAACGCCGUCGUCCUCUGCUGGGCCACCGCCGUUUCCCAGCCCAAGCCGAGCACGCUCACGACCUCCGGCACCUGCCGCAAGGCGAAGAGCAGCGCUUUCACCUUCCUCCCCCCCGCCGGCCACACCGGGCCCCUCACCACGACCGGCGCCGAGUCCUCCCUGCCGCCGUCGUCCACGGAGGCCUACGACGACCCACGGCUGUGGCGGCGCGCACCCACGCACACGCCAUUGCCCGCGCACACGACGCUCGACUUGCGGCAGGCGCUCUCGCUCUCGACGCCGCGGCGCACGCACCCGCCCGAGAACCGCUCCGCCGUCGUCCGAGAGGGAGGUCCGGGCGCGCGAGGAGGGGUCGUGGUGAUGCGGGAGAUGGAGGUCGGUGCGGACGCGGAAGGCGGCGGGGUGCGAAGGACGCCGUCGGGGAUGCGUGUCGGCUUGCGUCGACCGUGGGGGGCGCAUGUGGAGUUCUUCGUGUCUCAUCCAGUGAGAGUGCGUCUCCACUUGUCCUGUGUAGUCGUGUCCAUAACACAACUGGCAUUUGACGAUGAUCCGCUCAGCGAGAUCGAGCAACAGCAGCGAAGCACCCACUAA